CACGUUUGCUAGGUGAGUUUCAUCAUUCAAUUUUAAUUUCAAAGUAGAAGAAGAUUAGUUGAGAAAGAGAGCGCGGGCAAAAGCUGGAGACUGUCUGGUAGACCAUAACCGCCACACAAAUCUCUCCCUCCCCCCCCCCCCCCCCCUCUCUCUCUCUCUCUCUCUUCAACUUCGAGUUUAAGUACUUCUCUCUCUAAAAUCUCUGCACAAUGAGAUUGAAGAACCUGCAAUUAAGAAUGGAGAUUGCACUUCUCAUCCCAAAUUUAUGGUGGUGGGACAAUAUCAACAACUCCACUAUUUGGCAGACCGCUAUUUUCUACUUCCUCUCUGCAGCUUAUGCUCUCGUCUCCUUCGUUGCUCUCUUUCAAUUGGUGAGAAUUGAGCUACGAGUUCCUGAGUAUGGUUGGACUACGCAGAAGAUUUUUCAUUUCAUGAAUUUCAUUGUCAACGGAGUGCGUGCUCUGGUUUUUGGAUUGCACAAGCUAGUUUUUCUCUUGCAUCCUAAGGUCUUCAUUUUGGUGCUAUUAGAUCUGCCUGGACUUCUGUUUUUCUCAACAUAUACUCUUUUAGUCCUUUUUUGGGCUGAAAUUUAUCAUCAGGCAAGGAGUUUACCAACUGAUAAGCUCAAGAUGAUUUAUAUUUCAAUAAAUGCUGCCUUGUAUAUUAUCCAGAUUUUCAUUUGGAUAUACCUCUGGAUAGAUAACAACAGCGUUGUGGAGUUCUUUGGAAAGACUUUUGUUGCAGGUGUGUCAUUUGUAGCUGCACUAGGCUUCUUGCUAUAUGGAGGAAGAUUGUUUUGCAUGCUGAGGCAUUUCCCAAUUGAAUCUAAAGGAAGAAGAAAGAAACUUCAUGAGGUCGGAUCUGUUACAGCCAUCUGUUUCACCUGCUUUCUAAUACGAUGUGUUAUGGGUAUUUUGUCUGCAUUUGAUUCAGAUGCAUCUCUUGAUGUUUUGGAUCAUCCUAUUUUGGACUUGGUCUACUACAUGCUUGUUGAGAUUCUGCCUUCAGCUUUAGUCCUCUACAUCUUACGCAAAUUGCCCCCGAGGAGGAUAUCAGCACAAUAUCACCCUAUUCACUAGCUUCAAUCCAGUUUUAAUCUGCUAAUUGGUUAUGGUUUCAUUGGUUCCUGAUUAUAUAUUUCGAAUUUCAAUUAGAGAAACAGAUAAAGAAAAAAGAUCUCGAUAUAGUCUCGUAGCAACCGGUCUUACAUGGGUGAUACUCAGCAACUCCUGUUGGGGAAAGUAUAAUUUGAGUUUAAGUUUUGUAGGGUAUGCUACAUGCCAUGACAAGUCAGAAGAGCUGGUGACUUUCUGUAGUCAUUUCUCCAUUAACCUUUGCUUCAUAGGUACAAGAAGCUUGUAGUGAGGCAUCCAUUUCAUGUGAAAUUUUUGUAGGUACUUUGGUUCUGACCCCUUGUUUUUACUACUUCGUAUCAUCUCCAUUCCAUCUAUCAAUUUCUUUCAUUACUAUAAUUUUGUAAUUUUUAAA